AUGAGAUAUGUUAGUGAGUUUGUUGAAAUCAUAUUUGUUCAGGCCCCAGCUAAGAACCAAGAAAACAUCAGUCAAAAGUUGGCACUUGUUGUCAAGUCCGGUAAGUACUCUUUGGGUUACAAGUCUACCGUUAAGGCUUUGAGACAAGGUAAGGCUAAGUUGAUCAUCAUCGCUGCCAACACCCCAGUCUUGAGAAAGUCUGAAUUGGAAUACUACGCCAUGUUGUCCAAGACCAAGGUCUACUACUUCCAAGGUGGUAACAACGAAUUGGGUACUGCUGUCGGUAAGUUGUUCAGAGUUGGUGUUUUGACCGUUUUGGACGCUGGUGACUCCGACAUCUUGACCGCUUUGGCUUAA